AUGGGCUCACAAUGGGACACUCAUUCUUCAGAAUUUCCGGACGGUCCAAGUCAACGUGCAGAUGUGAUGCAAGAAAGCUCCGCCAUGACCACUCGAAGCGAGUCUCGGCAAUCUUUGGGUUCUUUAGCCUCCGAUGAAAUUGUUUUUCAUCCGAAAACUUUCAAAGGUCACUCUUCCCCUAAAAAGGAUCCUCCAACUCCUGAACCAAAAGGCGAUGAUUGGGAAGCUUUAGAAGUUGGAAAGGAAAAUGUGAACCUUGAAAAGGCAACAAGAAGGAGGUCAAGAACUAAAAAAGAGGUCGGUUUUGAUUGUUUGAUAUUUUGAUAACAGUGAAAGGUUGACAAAUGCUUGCUAUUCAAGAUUCAGGAUUGCUGGACCCCGAUUGGGCGAACUUGUGGCGUUUUCUAAAUUUGGGUGUCUGGACCUUACUUUAGGUUGCUGCCCGCGGUUCCUUGAUUUUCAGCGUAAUGCAUUGAAUAUCAUAGGUUAGUUUAAUAACCUCUCAGAAGGGGCGUAUGGGUGUUAUCUAUGGGUUUCGGAUGAAGAAUUACGCAUUCGUAUCUUCUUUCUCUCUCUUUAAACCAUUCGGUCUUAUAGCGAUGUAUUUAGCGCCAACCAUAACAGAGAAAAUAAAUAUAAGGCAUUUUCGAGCCGACCUUGCUUUUUAUGAUAAAGCUGACCAUUUUACCUGUUUUAACUAUACAUUUUUCCUUGUGAUUUAGUACAAACUUAAUUUUAGGUACUCAAAAUGGGUGGAUCUGAAGUUACAACUGCAUCGAAACCCGCCAGAAGAAAGCAUGCGAAGAAAUUGAGCAGUGGAAAUGCUCCAUAUAGUUAUAGCUGCACUUUGAAUGUAUGCUUUUACUGGUUUUCUGAUAUUAUUUUAGAUUGGUUGUCUUGGAUUGUAAGAUCGAUGUCAAAAGUCUCCUUAUUUUUAAGUUUUACUUUCAUAUUCUUCAGGAAUCUCACCAGUCUUCUGUCUACGGAGUCAUGUUUAAUCCUUACUUACCAUGUGAUGAGGAGUAUUACAUGGCUACUUGUGGAAGUAACCAAGUUAACGUUUAUCGUUUAACAGAUGAUGGAAAGAAGCCAGAGCAUGUGGUGCAACUUAUUGAUAGUAAUGUAAGGUUUUUUUUGUUUAUUUUGAUUUUGUUUUUAGAAGGAGGAAUGUUUCUACGCAUUAACUUGGGCAAUUGAUGAGAUUAUUCGAACUUUUGUGCUUGUGGUUGGAGGGGCCAAAGGAAUCAUUCGAGUUAUUGAUCCUAUGGCCAAAAAAACUAUCUCUGUAAGUAUGUUCUUUUGUCAAGAGGGCUCUUUAUGUUUGUUGACUGCGUGUAUUAAGAUAUUUAUUUUGUUUUAGACCCUUCGAGGACAUGGUGAAUCUGUAAACGAAAUCAGAACUUCACCAAUGAAUUCAAUGAUUGUGGCGUCGGCUUCGAAAGAUAGAACCGCCAGAGUGUGGAAUGUAGCGUUGCAGAAUUGUUUGGCAAUCUACGGAGGAUCCGAGGGUCAUCUGGACGAGGUUAUUUCUUUGGUAAGAGCAAUUUCGUAUAUUUUUAAGAAUUAAUAAAAACAGGGGAUGUCAGGGAGAACGUGUUUUUGGUCAAGGUUUUUACAUCUCCUCUUUUUCAGGACUUCCAUCAUACCCAAGACUUUCUUCUCACCGCUUCCAUGGAUCACACCAUCCGGGUUUGGGACCUUCGGCCAGAAACUGAAGUCGGAAAACGAAUUCAAGAAAGUGUGGACCCGUCUAAACACGAAUCAUUCGCCACUCUCCCGAGCAUUGAGAAUCAUUUCUCGUUGGCGGUGGCUAAAGAUGUCCAUACAAAUUAUGUGGACUGUGCCAGGUUUUAUGGAAAUUUUAUCAUCUCUAAAUCAUGCGAGAAUCAGAUUGUUUUGUGGAGAUUUGGUGGAUUUGAUCAGCCAGUGAGUGGACAAGGAACGUUGUUGAGAACGGAGACAUAUGUUUUACACACGGCGUGGGUUGAAGUCCCGAAAAGCAGCAUAUGGUUUAUCAAGUUUGACAUUGAUCCAGAUAAUAAGGUAAGAUAAUUGUCGUAAAUUAUUUUUUUGAUUUAUUGAUUAUCUGGAGUAACCUGGCGUCUUUUCAGUACCUUGCAGUGGGAAAUGAAGAAGGCACCGUGAAACUGGUUGAUCUCCAUUCGAUAAAACCAGAAGCCAAGAAGCCCGAUUAUGCCCUUUCAUGCCCGGAAACCGGCCGAGUUUGCGUAAGGCAAACUGCCUUCAGCCCCGAUGGAAAAGUCUUAGUGUCCUCUGGAGAAGGCGGAGUUAUUGUUCGAUAUGACAGGAAAUGA